UUCAAUUACCUCCACCUGGUCUCUCCCUUGACACAUGGGGAUUACAAUUCAAAAUAAGAUAUCGGGUGGGGACACAGGAAACUAUAUCGCCCAUAUUACAAUUACUUAUAUUACUGAUUCCCUUAAUUAGAGCAGAGGUAAUUAAUUGGGUCUAGGCUCAGUGGAAGGGUCUGGCUGGUUCCCAAUUCUCGGAGCUAGUUUGAAUCUUUAGGUUAACUUCUUGCCUUCUAGAACUUGUCCUGUGUUUGGCUGAACUUUGUGAACCUUUCAGAAAGUAGGUCUUUAUUGAGCACAUACUCUAUGCAAGGCAAAGAACCAACUACUGUGGAGUUUACAAACAUGAAUAAGGGGUAAGAAAGGACUCUUGUCACAUGGUUUACAGUCCAGCUGUGUAGGCCACCACAGUUCAUAUCUUUCAGGCUGGGGACUGGAUGAGAGGAAAGUGGACUCAAAAUUAAUCCCAGAGCUCUCUACUUUCCCAUAUCCCUGUGCUUUAUCUCUCUUGUAGUUGUGUUAUUUGUAUGUUGGCCUGCCUCAGUACUCUGUGAUCUCCAAAGAACAGGGACUGGGUUUUAUUUAUUUCUGCAUUGCCACAGAGCCUAGUAUGUGCUUUGUAGAGAACAGGCUCUCAAAAAAUAUUUUAAAUGAAAAGAAUGUAUUCACUUGUUUACGUUUCCUAGUUACAGUGGGUCAGCUUGUUCUGUACUAACAAGGAAGUGACAAGAAGCUGGUGUCCCUCUAUGCAGAGGUCCCCACACUAAAUAUCAUCUUGGAUGUGCUUCACAUUGUUGCAUAAAGGUGCAGUGGAGUGAGACUGAGUAAGAGGACAGAAAUAGUGGGGGGUUUGUCUCAGCUCACUAAUUACUUAUUUAACCUUGGGCAAGAUACUUAAAGCUCUAUCUCAGUUUCUUCAUCUGCGAAAUGGGGAUAAUAAUGACUGGGGUGCCUAUUUCCCACGAUUGUUUUGAGGAUCAAAUGAGAUAAUAUAAUUAAAAGUGUUUUUGGAACGUCUAAAUCACUGCGCAACUGCAAGGCAUUAUUAAAAUAAAUCUUCAUUUUAAUUCCUGCUUCCACAAACAUCUCAUCACACAUCCUUGGGUUCCUGGGUUACAUGGAGAGAUUCGUGGUGUAGCUCAAUCUAUGUGUCAUAGCUAUCCCAGAAUCUCUUCUUCAACUUCUCCAACACACCAAGACAUUCUUCCAGUCUUGCAUUGCUCCCCAGUUUAUAUAGAUAUAUAUGUUCCUCAUUCAACAUUUAUGUAAAACAUAUAUUAUUGAGCACUUAUGUGAUAGAAACUGGGGCAAAACAGCAAAUAAAACAGUUUUAUUUUGAGAGUUUUUUACAGCUUAUUGGCUCUGAGAGGACAGACAUGAGAAAAAAUACGUGCCCAAUUCUGCAUUUAUUUUGGAAGGCAGUUUUAUGUGAGUUUAGAUGUAUAUAGAUGUAUAUUUUUAGUUUUGAUUAAAACUAAAACAAUUGGUAGCCCUUAUUCAUAUUUUUCUAUCAUUAAAACUUAUCUUUAAAAAAUGUCUUCAGUCAUAUUUUUCCCUUACUUCCAUUCAUAUUUAUUCUUUACUUCUCUUGUCCUUACCAGAAUGUAUGCAGUAAGUUUUCAUAUUGUAACACAUUCAACAAAAGUUAUACGUGAACAUAACAGCUGCUUUCUUUAAAAUGGUUACUUUGAGAAACUGCAUACCUAUUUUUUUCUUUUUUUUUUUUGAGACGGAGUUUUGUUCUUGUUGCCCAGGCUGGAGUACAGUGGCAUGAUCUUGGCUCACUGCAACCUCUGCCUCCUGGGUUCAAGUGAUUCUCCUGCCUCAGUCUCCUGAGUAGCUGGGAUUACAGGUGCUCGCCACCAUGCCCGGCUAAUUUUUGGUAUUUUUAGUAGAGACGGGUUUUCAACAUGUUGGCCAGGCUGGUCUCGAACUCCUGACCUCAGGUGAUCUGCCCACCUCAGCUUCCCAAAGUGCUGGGAUUAUGACAUAAGCCGCCACACCUGGCCUGCACAUUUAUUUUAAUAAUGUUGUCAUAGCUACAGUCGCUUCUAGAGUUGCUCUUUGGGGAUAACUAUCUUAUAUUCUUCUGAAUAUAUUUUAAUAGUGACAAAACUUAUCUUUGCAGGUGAUUUUUAAAAUUUGUAUGCAGCCAAGUCACUAUGAAUUAUCUUUAGUGAGUAAAGAGGAAGAUCGAACUGGUAACACCGUGGGUAAACAACUGAAAAAUAAUGUUAUGUUUCUCUGAACAUACUUGCACAAGACAAAUUCCAAAAAUAUUUUGACUACGUUAUUUUUGAAAAGGGUUUCUAGUAUUUCAAUGUAACUACUUUCACUAAUGGUACUUGCUUACCUAAAGUGCUUGUUAACAUGCAGUUUUGGAACUUCAUAGGUCUAUGCCCAUACUGACUUGCACUUGCUUAGUGUUGUUUUACAUUCUAGUUGAACAUCUAUUAUGUGAUAGACACUGGGGAUUAAUAGGCUGCGGUCCUUGCCCAUGAGGACCUCAAAACGUAGUUGAGAACACAGAAAUACAAAGAGUCCUGUGUGAAAAAUAAGUAUCGGUGUAAGAUAAAGAAGCGGCAGUGGAAGACAGUGGAGGGACUGUCUGUUAGGGGUAGGAAGUUAUUGCGGUGUCGGCAAAGCCUUCUUUGGACUGAAGGAUGAAUUAUGAUUAGAAGUUCAUUAAGAGGAGGAGGGAAGGGGACUACAGGAGUCAUUCCAAGCCAAAGGAACAGAAGGUACAGGGACAGAAACAGCAAGAUAUAUUUGGGGGAAUCUCAAGUUAGUCAAUACUGUUAUUGUGUGAAGUUCACAACAGAAGCAGGGAGGACAGGAGAUGGGGCCCAAUGACGAAAAGGCCUUGUAUGUACCAUGUUUAGAAGUUUGAAUUUUAUCCUAUAGGAGUCAGGGAGAGGUUCUAUGGGUAGGAUUUCCCAUCCCAACAGGAUUGUAAACUCCCACACCCAAUUAGUCACACCCCCAUUUUUUUUUCUGUUUCUUUAACAUUGUCUCAGAUUCAUUCCUUCUGAAAUCUACCUUAUUAGUUCAGGUCUUCUUAAAUUUGUGCCUGGACUGUUCACCAACUCUUGACUGGUCCUGGGGCUCCAGUUCACCUCUUGCUCCCAACAAUCAAUUUUCUACAGAAUUAUCAAAGCAAUCUUCCUUUCCAUCAGUCUCAACUCUGUUCAAAAACUUUCAAUAGUUUUAUGUGACCUAAGAGGUAGCUGCCUCCCCACCCUUUUAGCUUGCCAUUCAAGGCUGCAUAAUUUGGUCCCAACCCCCUUUCCGUCCUUGACUCCUCUCACUGCUAACAGAGACAGAACUCAUUUACUUACUCUUUUGACUGUACCUUUGCUUUCAUGAGGGCUCUUUCCUGGAAUGAUAUGUCCCUACAACUAUUGUUGUUCUUACUUUUAGCUCUUUUCUUGGAAGCCCACUUGUACCCAGGUUUGAUCACACCCCCUACUCUCCUGCCCUGGAAGUAACUACUAUUCUGGUUAUAGUCUCUUAAUAUCUAUAUCUAUAUAUAUGCAUCCACAGAUAAUGUGUAGCAUUGUUUUGAAAAAAAUAUACAUAAAUGGUAUACUUUGUCUCCUUCUGCGAUUAGUUUUUUCACUAUCAUUUAGUUUUUAAGAUUUAUCCCUAUUGACAUAAAUAACUAUAGUCUUUUCAAUUACUGUGUUGCAUUUCAUUUUAUAAAUAUACCAUACAUUAUUCAUCCAUUCCUCUAAGGGUGGGCAUUUAUGUUGUUUUCAAGGUUUUGCUAUUACAGUGUUACAACGAAUAUCCUUAGCUUAGCUGAUCUCCUUGUCUUAUAUAAAUUUUACUGACCUUUCUAGAUCCUGCUUUCAUCCCAGCUCCUCUGUGAAAGCCUUCCCUGAAUCCCCCAGCCCACACCGUCAGAGUCUUGGUCCUCAAAGUUGCUUGUGCACCUUUGGUAUCAUCCCACUGCCAAGCACACAGUUACGCAAAGUAAGGCACUUAAGAAAUAUUCGCUACACGGAUGAACAAAUGAAUGAAUGAAUGGGGCAGCACCACUCCGUGAUGGCUCUAUUCCUUUUUAAUGGACUUUGGCGCCUUGGCCCACUUUCCUUCUUUGACAGCACUGGUCCUACUCCAGCGCAUUCCUCUAGCUAGCAAAGCAGCGUGUGGAUGUGUGGGUGUAGGUGGCGAUACAGACCUCACUGGAUGAGGGCCGCCUCUCCCUGCAAGUUCACGAUCCCGGCAAACUCCAGUGCUUGAAGUUCAGAGUCCUACCCCACCCCCCUCACCCCCACGCCCCUUCUGCACUGGUCAAGCCAGCGAGCCGCUGCAGCCCUGAUCGAGUUAAGGCGCGGCGGCUCCCGGGGCAGCUGGAGAAGGAUGCGGCGGGGCCAAUGACUCGUAGUAGAUCCCUCCGCGCGGAGCUCGGGCCGGCGCUUCUUCCUGCGGGAAACCCCUGGGUGCCCAAGGCGGCGGGGCCGAGGCCGCGGCGACAGUGGGGCGGGGCUUGCGGUGGGAGGAGGCGGCAGAGGCGGAAGGACACAUGAGGCUGCUUCGCUGCACAACCGAGAAAGUUUCAGCCAAACUUCGGGCGGCGGCUGAGGCGGCGGCCGAGGAGCGGCGGACUCGGGGCGCGGGGAGUCGAGGCAUUUGCGCCUGGGCUUCGGAGCGUAGCGCCAGGGCCUGAGCCUUUGAAGCAGGAGGAGGGGAGGAGAGAGUGGGGCUCCUCUAUCGGGACCCCCUCCCCAUGUGGAUCUGCCCAGGCGGCGGCGGCGGCGGAGGAGGCGACCGAGAAGAUGCCCGCCCUGCGCCCCGCUCUGCCGUGGGCGCUGCUGGCGCUCUGGCUGUGCUGCGCGGCCCCCGCGCGUGCAUUGCAGUGUCGAGAUGGCUAUGAACCCUGUGUAAAUGAAGGAAUGUGUGUUACCUACCACAAUGGCACAGGAUACUGCAAAUGUCCAGAAGGCUUCUUGGGAGAAUAUUGUCAACAUCGAGACCCCUGUGAGAAGAACCGCUGCCAGAAUGGUGGGACUUGUGUGGCCCAGGCCAUGCUGGGGAAAGCCACGUGCCGAUGUGCCUCAGGGUUCACGGGAGAGGACUGCCAGUACUCGACAUCUCAUCCAUGCUUUGUGUCUCGACCCUGCCUGAAUGGUGGCACAUGCCAUAUGCUCAGUCGGGAUACCUAUGAGUGCACCUGUCAAGUCGGGUUUACAGGUAAGGAGUGCCAAUGGACCGAUGCCUGCCUGUCUCAUCCCUGUGCAAAUGGAAGUACCUGUACCACUGUGGCCAACCAGUUCUCCUGCAAAUGCCUCCCAGGCUUCACAGGGCAGAAGUGUGAGACUGAUGUCAAUGAGUGUGACAUUCCAGGACACUGCCAGCAUGGUGGCACCUGCCUCAACCUGCCUGGUUCCUACCAGUGCCAGUGCCCUCAGGGCUUCACAGGCCAGUACUGUGACAGCCUGUAUGUGCCCUGUGCACCCUCGCCUUGUGUCAACGGAGGCACCUGUCGGCAGACUGGUGACUUCACUUUUGAAUGCAGCUGCCUUCCAGGUUUUGAAGGGAGCACCUGUGAGAGAAAUAUUGAUGACUGCCCUAACCACAGGUGUCAGAAUGGAGGGGUUUGUGUGGAUGGGGUCAACACUUACAACUGCCGCUGCCCCCCACAAUGGACAGGACAGUUCUGCACAGAGGAUGUGGAUGAAUGCCUGCUGCAGCCCAAUGCCUGUCAGAAUGGGGGCACCUGUGCCAACCGCAAUGGAGGCUAUGGCUGUGUGUGUGUCAACGGCUGGAGUGGAGAUGACUGCAGUGAGAACAUUGAUGAUUGUGCCUUCGCCUCCUGUACUCCAGGCUCCACCUGCAUCGACCGUGUGGCCUCCUUCUCUUGCAUGUGCCCAGAGGGGAAGGCAGGUCUCCUGUGUCAUCUGGAUGAUGCAUGCAUCAGCAAUCCUUGCCACAAGGGGGCACUGUGUGACACCAACCCCCUAAAUGGGCAAUAUAUUUGCACCUGCCCACAAGGCUACAAAGGGGCUGACUGCACAGAAGAUGUGGAUGAAUGUGCCAUGGCCAAUAGCAAUCCUUGUGAGCAUGCAGGAAAAUGUGUGAACACGGAUGGCGCCUUCCACUGUGAGUGUCUGAAGGGUUAUGCAGGACCUCGUUGUGAGAUGGACAUCAAUGAGUGCCAUUCAGACCCCUGCCAGAAUGAUGCUACCUGUCUGGAUAAGAUUGGAGGCUUCACAUGUCUGUGCAUGCCAGGUUUCAAAGGUGUGCAUUGUGAAUUAGAAAUAAAUGAAUGUCAGAGCAACCCUUGUGUGAACAAUGGGCAGUGUGUGGAUAAAGUCAAUCGUUUCCAGUGCCUGUGUCCUCCUGGUUUUACUGGGCCAGUUUGCCAGAUUGAUAUUGAUGACUGUUCCAGUACUCCGUGUCUGAAUGGGGCAAAGUGUAUCGAUCACCCGAAUGGCUAUGAAUGCCAGUGUGCCACAGGUUUCACUGGUGUGUUGUGUGAGGAGAACAUUGACAACUGUGACCCCGAUCCUUGCCACCAUGGUCAAUGUCAGGAUGGUAUUGAUUCCUACACCUGCAUCUGCAAUCCCGGGUACAUGGGCGCCAUCUGCAGUGACCAGAUUGAUGAAUGUUACAGCAGCCCUUGCCUGAACGAUGGUCGCUGCAUUGACCUGGUCAAUGGCUACCAGUGCAACUGCCAGCCGGGCACGUCAGGGGUUAAUUGUGAAAUUAAUUUUGAUGACUGUGCAAGUAACCCUUGUAUCCAUGGAAUCUGUAUGGAUGGCAUUAAUCGCUACAGUUGUGUCUGCUCACCAGGAUUCACAGGGCAGAGAUGUAACAUUGACAUUGAUGAGUGUGCCUCCAAUCCCUGUCGCAAGGGUGCAACAUGUAUCAAUGGUGUGAAUGGUUUCCGCUGUAUAUGCCCCGAGGGACCCCAUCACCCCAGCUGCUACUCACAGGUGAACGAAUGCCUGAGCAAUCCCUGCAUCCAUGGAAACUGUACUGGAGGUCUCAGUGGAUAUAAGUGUCUCUGUGAUGCAGGCUGGGUUGGCAUCAACUGUGAAGUGGACAAAAAUGAAUGCCUUUCGAAUCCAUGCCAGAAUGGAGGAACUUGUGACAAUCUGGUGAAUGGAUACAGGUGUACUUGCAAGAAGGGCUUUAAAGGCUAUAACUGCCAGGUGAAUAUUGAUGAAUGUGCCUCAAAUCCAUGCCUGAACCAAGGAACCUGCUUUGAUGACAUAAGUGGCUACACUUGCCACUGUGUGCUGCCAUACACAGGCAAGAAUUGUCAGACAGUAUUGGCUCCCUGUUCCCCAAACCCUUGUGAGAAUGCUGCUGUUUGCAAAGAGUCACCAAAUUUUGAGAGUUAUACCUGCUUGUGUGCUCCUGGCUGGCAAGGUCAGCGGUGUACCAUUGACAUUGACGAGUGUAUCUCCAAGCCCUGCAUGAACCAUGGUCUCUGCCAUAACACCCAGGGCAGCUACAUGUGUGAAUGUCCACCAGGCUUCAGUGGUAUGGACUGUGAGGAGGACAUCGAUGACUGCCUUGCCAAUCCUUGCCAGAAUGGAGGUUCCUGUGUGGAUGGAGUGAAUGCUUUCUCCUGCCUCUGCCUUCUGGGUUUCACUGGAGAUAAGUGCCAGACAGACAUGAAUGAGUGUCUGAGUGAACCGUGUAAGAAUGGAGGGACCUGCUCUGACUACGUCAACAGUUACACUUGCAAGUGCCAGGCAGGAUUUGAUGGAGUCCACUGUGAGAACAACAUCAAUGAGUGCACUGAGAGCUCCUGUUUUAAUGGUGGCACAUGUGUUGAUGGGAUUAACUCCUUCUCUUGCUUGUGCCCUGUGGGUUUCACUGGAUCCUUCUGCCUCCACGAGAUCAAUGAAUGCAGCUCUCAUCCAUGCCUGAAUGAGGGAACGUGUGUUGAUGGCCUGGGUACCUACCGCUGCAGCUGCCCCCUGGGCUACACUGGGAAAAACUGUCAGACUCUGGUGAACCUCUGCAGUCGGUCUCCAUGUAAAAACAAAGGUACUUGUGUUCAGAAAAAAGCAGAGUCCCAGUGCCUAUGUCCAUCUGGAUGGGCUGGUGCCUAUUGUGACGUGCCCAAUGUCUCUUGUGACAUAGCAGCCUCCAGCAGAGGUGUGCUUGUUGAACACUUGUGCCAGCACUCAGGUGUCUGCAUCAAUGCUGGCAACACGCAUUACUGUCAGUGCCCCCUGGGCUAUACUGGGAGCUACUGUGAGGAGCAACUUGAUGAGUGUGUGUCCAACCCCUGCCAGCACGGGGCAACAUGCAGUGACUUCAUUGGUGGAUACAGAUGCGAGUGUGUCCCAGGCUAUCAGGGUGUCAACUGUGAGUAUGAAGUGGAUGAGUGCCAGAAUCAGCCCUGCCAGAAUGGAGGCACCUGUAUUGACCUUGUGAACCAUUUCAAGUGCUCCUGCCCACCAGGCACUCGGGGCCUACUCUGUGAAGAGAACAUUGAUGACUGUGCCCGGGGUCCCCAUUGCCUUAAUGGUGGUCAGUGCAUGGAUAGGAUUGGAGGCUACAGUUGUCGCUGCUUGCCUGGCUUUGCUGGGGAGCGUUGUGAGGGAGAUAUCAACGAGUGCCUCUCCAACCCCUGCAGCUCUGAGGGCAGCCUGGACUGUAUACAGCUCACCAAUGACUACCUGUGUGUUUGCCGUAGUGCCUUUACUGGCCGGCACUGUGAAACCUUCAUCGAUGUGUGUCCCCAGAUGCCCUGCCUGAAUGGAGGGACUUGUGCUGUGGCCAGUAACAUGCCUGAUGGUUUCAUUUGCCGUUGUCCCCCGGGAUUUUCCGGGGCAAGGUGCCAGAGCAGCUGUGGACAAGUGAAAUGUAGGAAAGGGGAGCAGUGUGUGCACACCGCCUCUGGACCCCGUUGCUUCUGCCCCAGUCCCCGGGACUGCGAGUCAGGCUGUGCCAGUAGCCCCUGCCAGCACGGGGGCAGCUGCCACCCUCAGCGCCAGCCUCCUUAUUACUCCUGCCAGUGUGCCCCACCAUUCUCGGGUAGCCGCUGUGAACUCUACACGGCACCCCCCAGCACCCCUCCUGCCACCUGUCUAAGCCAGUAUUGUGCUGACAAAGCUCGGGAUGGCGUCUGUGAUGAGGCCUGCAACAGCCAUGCCUGCCAGUGGGAUGGGGGUGACUGUUCUCUCACCAUGGAGAACCCCUGGGCCAACUGCUCCUCCCCACUUCCCUGCUGGGAUUAUAUCAACAACCAGUGUGAUGAGCUGUGCAACACGGCCGAGUGCCUGUUUGACAACUUUGAAUGCCAGGGGAACAGCAAGACAUGCAAGUAUGACAAAUACUGUGCAGACCACUUCAAAGACAACCACUGUGACCAGGGGUGCAACAGUGAGGAGUGUGGUUGGGAUGGGCUGGACUGUGCUGCUGACCAACCUGAGAACCUGGCAGAAGGUACCCUGGUUAUUGUGGUAUUAAUGCCACCUGAACAACUGCUCCAGGAUGCUCGCAGCUUCUUGAGGGCACUGGGUACCCUGCUCCACACCAACCUGCGCAUUAAGCGGGACUCCCAGGGGGAACUCAUGGUGUACCCCUAUUAUGGUGAGAAGUCAGCUGCCAUGAAGAAACAGAGGAUGACACGCAGGUCCCUUCCUGGUGAACAAGAACAGGAGGUGGCUGGCUCUAAAGUCUUUCUGGAAAUUGACAACCGCCAGUGUGUUCAAGACUCAGACCACUGCUUCAAGAACACGGAUGCAGCAGCAGCUCUUCUGGCCUCUCACGCCAUACAGGGGACCCUGUCAUACCCUCUUGUGUCUGUCGUCAGUGAAUCCCUGACUCCAGAACGCACUCAGCUCCUCUAUCUCCUUGCUGUUGCUGUUGUCAUCAUUCUGUUUAUUAUUCUGCUGGGGGUAAUCAUGGCAAAACGAAAGCGUAAGCAUGGCUCUCUCUGGCUGCCUGAAGGUUUCACUCUUCGCCGAGAUGCAAGCAAUCACAAGCGUCGUGAGCCAGUGGGACAGGAUGCUGUGGGGCUGAAAAAUCUCUCAGUGCAAGUCUCAGAAGCUAACCUAAUUGGUUCUGGAACAAGUGAACACUGGGUCGAUGAUGAAGGGCCCCAGCCAAAGAAAGUGAAGGCUGAAGAUGAGGCCUUACUCUCAGAAGAAGAUGACCCCAUUGAUCGACGGCCAUGGACACAGCAGCACCUUGAAGCCGCAGACAUCCGUAGGACACCAUCGCUGGCCCUCACCCCUCCUCAGGCAGAGCAGGAGGUGGAUGUGUUAGAUGUGAAUGUCCGUGGCCCAGAUGGCUGCACCCCAUUGAUGUUGGCUUCUCUCCGAGGAGGCAGCUCAGAUUUGAGUGAUGAAGAUGAAGAUGCAGAGGACUCUUCUGCUAACAUCAUCACAGACUUGGUCUACCAGGGUGCCAGCCUCCAGGCCCAGACGGACCGGACUGGUGAGAUGGCCCUGCACCUUGCAGCCCGCUACUCACGGGCUGAUGCUGCCAAGCGUCUCCUGGAUGCAGGUGCAGAUGCCAAUGCCCAGGACAACAUGGGCCGCUGCCCACUCCAUGCUGCAGUGGCAGCUGAUGCCCAAGGUGUCUUCCAGAUUCUGAUUCGCAACCGAGUAACUGAUCUAGAUGCUAGGAUGAAUGAUGGUACUACACCCCUGAUCCUGGCUGCCCGCCUGGCUGUGGAGGGAAUGGUGGCAGAACUGAUCAACUGCCAAGCGGAUGUGAAUGCAGUGGAUGACCAUGGAAAAUCUGCUCUUCACUGGGCAGCUGCUGUCAAUAAUGUGGAGGCGACUAUUUUGCUGUUGAAAAAUGGGGCCAACCGAGACAUGCAGGACAACAAGGAAGAGACACCUCUGUUUCUUGCUGCCCGGGAGGGGAGCUAUGAAGCAGCCAAGAUCCUGUUAGACCAUUUUGCCAAUCGAGACAUCACAGACCAUAUGGAUCGUCUUCCCCGGGAUGUGGCUCGGGAUCGCAUGCACCAUGACAUUGUGCGCCUCCUGGAUGAAUACAAUGUGACCCCAAGCCCUCCAGGCACCGUGUUGACUUCUGCUCUCUCACCUGUCAUCUGUGGGCCCAACAGAUCUUUCCUCAGCCUGAAGCACACCCCAAUGGGCAAGAAGUCUAGACGGCCCAGUGCCAAGAGUACCAUGCCUACUAGCCUCCCUAACCUUGCCAAGGAGGCAAAGGAUGCCAAGGGUAGUAGGAGGAAGAAGUCUCUGAGUGAGAAGGUCCAGCUGUCUGAGAGUUCAGUAACUUUAUCCCCUGUUGAUUCCCUAGAAUCUCCUCACACAUAUGUUUCCGACACCACAUCCUCUCCAAUGAUUACAUCCCCUGGGAUCUUACAGGCCUCACCCAACCCUAUGUUGGCCACUGCCGCCCCUCCUGCCCCAGUCCAUGCCCAGCAUGCACUGUCUUUUUCUAACCUUCAUGAAGUGCAGCCUUUGGCUCAUGGGGCCAGCACUGUGCUUCCCUCAGUGAGCCAGUUGCUAUCCCACCACCACAUUGUGUCUCCAGGCAGUGGCAGUGCUGGAAGCUUGAGUAGGCUCCAUCCAGUCCCAGUCCCAGCAGAUUGGAUGAACCGCAUGGAGGUGAAUGAGACCCAGUACAAUGAGAUGUUUGGUAUGGUCCUGGCUCCAGCUGAGGGCACCCAUCCUGGCAUAGCUCCCCAGAGCAGGCCACCUGAAGGGAAGCACAUAACCACCCCUCGGGAGCCCUUGCCCCCCAUUGUGACUUUCCAGCUCAUCCCUAAAGGCAGUAUUGCCCAACCAGCGGGGGCUCCCCAGCCUCAGUCCACCUGCCCUCCAGCUGUUGCGGGCCCCCUGCCCACCAUGUACCAGAUUCCAGAAAUGGCCCGUUUGCCCAGUGUGGCUUUCCCCACUGCCAUGAUGCCCCAGCAGGACGGGCAGGUAGCUCAGACCAUUCUCCCAGCCUAUCAUCCUUUCCCAGCCUCUGUGGGCAAGUACCCCACACCCCCUUCACAGCACAGUUAUGCUUCCUCAAAUGCUGCUGAGCGAACACCCAGUCACAGUGGUCACCUCCAGGGUGAGCAUCCCUACCUGACACCAUCCCCAGAGUCUCCUGACCAGUGGUCAAGUUCAUCACCCCACUCUGCUUCUGACUGGUCAGAUGUGACCACCAGCCCUACCCCUGGGGGUGCUGGAGGAGGUCAGCGGGGACCUGGGACACACAUGUCUGAGCCACCACACAACAACAUGCAGGUUUACGCGUGAAAGAGUCCACCUCCAGUGUAGAGACAACUGACUUUUGUAAAUGCUGCUGAGGAACAAAUGAAGGUCAUCCGGGAGAGAAAUGAAGAAAUCUCUGGAGCCAGCUUCUAGAGGUAGGAAAGAGAAGAUGUUCUUAUUCAGAUAAUGCAAGAGAAGCAAUUCAUCAGUUUCACUGGGUAUCUGCAAGGCUUAUUGACUAUUCUAAUCUAAUAAGACAAUUGUGGAAAUGCAAGAUGAAUACAAGCCUUGGGUCCAUGUUUACUCUCUUCUAUUUGGAGAAUAAGAUGGAUGCUUAUUGAAGCCCAGACAUUCUUGCAGCUUGGACUGCAUUUUAAGCCCUGCGGGCUUCUGCCAUAUCCAUGAGAAGAUUCUACACUAGCGUCCUGUUGGGAAUUAUGCCCUGGAAUUAUGCCUGAAUUGACCUACGCAUCUCCUCCUCCUUGGACAUUCUUUUGUCUUCAUUUGGUGCUUUCGAUUUUGCACCUCUCCGUGAUUGUAGCCCUACCAGCAUGAUAUAGGGCAAGACCUUUGUGCUUUUGAUCAUUCCGGCCCAUGAAAGCAACUUUGGCCUCCUUUCCCCUCCUGUCUUCCCAGUAUCCCUUGGAGUCUCACAAGGUUUACUUUGGUAUGGUUCUCAGCACAAACCUUUCAAGUAUGUUUCUUGAGAAAAUGGACAUACUGUAUUGUGUUCUCCUGCAUAUAUCAUUCCUGGAGAAAGAAGGGGAGAAGAAUAUUUUUCUUCAACAAAUUUUGGGGGCAGGAGAUCCCUUCAAGAGGCUGAACCUUAAUUUUUCUUGUCUGUUUGCAGGUCUUCAUAUAAACUUUACCAGGAAGAAGGGUAUGAGUCCGUUGUUUUUUUGUGUAUGGGCCUGGUCAGUGUAAAGUUUUAUCCUUGAUAGUCUAGUUACUAUGACCCUCCCCACUUUUUUAAAACCAGAAAAAGGUUUGGAAUGUUGGAAUGACCAAGAGACAAGCUAACUCGUGCAAGAGCCAGUUACCCACCCACAGGUCCCCCUACUUCCUGCCAAGCAUUCCAUUGACUGCCUGUAUGGAACACAUUUGUCCCAGAUCUGAGCAUUCUAGGCCUGUUUCACUCACUCACCCAGCAUAUGAAACUAGUCUUAACUGUUGAGCCUUUCCUUUCAUCUCCACAGAAGGCACUGUCUCAAAUGUUGUACUCUUGCCGUUUAGGACUGAACUUUCUGUAGCCCAAGGGAGCCAAUGACAGUUGUCUUCCUUUUGUCAGAUGAUCAGUCUCUACUUUCUGAUUAUCUUGCUGCUUAAAGGCCUGCUCACCAAUCUUUCUUUCACACCGCGUGGUCCGUGUUACUGGUAUACCCAGUAUGUUCUCACUGAAGACAUGGACUUUGUAUGUUCAAGUGCAGGAAUUGGAAAGUUGGACUUGUUUUCUAUGGUCCAAGACAGCCCUAUAAGAAGGUUGGAAAAGGAGGAACUAUAUAGCAGCCUUUGCUAUUUUCUGCUACCAUUUCUUUUCCUCUGAAGCGGCCAUGACAUUCCCUUUGGCAACUAACAUAAAAACUCAACAGAACGUUUUCCUUUCCUAGAGUCACCUUUUAGAUGAUAAUGGACAACUAUAGACUUGCUCAUUGUUCAGACUGUGAUUGCCCCUCACCUGAAUCCACUCUCUGUAUUCAUGCUCUUGGCAAUUUCCUUGACUUUCUUUUAAGGGCAGAAGCAUUUUAGUUAAUUGUAGAUAAAGAAUGGUUUUCUUCCUCUUCUCCUCGGGCCAGUUAAUAAUUGGUCCAUGGCUACACUGCCACUUCUGUCCAGUGCAGUGAUGCCCAUGACACCUGCAAAAGAAGUUCUGCCUGGGCAUUUUGUAGAUAUUAACAGGUGAAUUCCCGACUCUUCUGGUUUGAAUGACAGUUCUCAUUCCUUCUAUGGCUGCAAGUAUGCAUCAGUGCUUCCCACUUAACUGAUUUGUCUGUCGGUGGCCUCAUAUGGAAACCCUGUGUGUCUGUUGGCAUAAUAGUUUACAAAUGGUUUUUUCAGUCCUAUCCCAAUUUAUUGAACCAACAAAAAUAAUUACUUCUGCCCUGAGAUGAGCAGAUUAAGUUUGUUCAUUCUCUGCUUUAUUCUCUCCAUGUGGCAACAUUCUGUCAGCCUCUUUCAUAGUGUGCAAACAUUUUAUCAUUCUAAAUGGUGACUCUCUGCCCUUGGACCCAUUUAUUAUUCACAGAUGGGGAGAACCUAUCUGCAUGGACCUCUGUGGACCACAGCAUACCUGCCCCUUCCUGCCCUCCUGCUCCAGUCCCACUUCUGAAAGUAUCAGCUACUGAUCCAGCCACUGGAUAUUUUAUAUCCUCCCUUUUCCUUAAGCACAAUGUCAGACCAAAUUGCUUGUUUCUUUUUCUUGGAAUACUUUAAUUUGGAUCCUUUGGGUUUGGAGAAAGGGAAUGUGAAAGCUGUCAUUACAGACAACAGGUUUCAGUGAUGAGGAGGACAACACUGCCUUUCAAACUUUUUACCGAUCUCUUAGAUUUUAAGAACUCUUGAAUUGUGUGGUAUCUAAUAAAAGGGAAGGAAAGAUGGAUAAUCACUUUCUCAUUUGGGUUCUGAAUUGGAGACUCAGUUUUUAUGAGACACAUCUUUUAUGCCAUGUAUAGAUCCUCCCCUGCUAUUUUUGGUUUAUUUUUAUUUUUAUAAAUUCUUUCUUUCUUUGACUCCUCUUCUGCCUGCCUUUGGGGAUAGGUUUUUUUGUUUGUUUAUUUGCUUCUUCUGUUUCGUUUUAAGCAUCAUUUUCUUAUGUGAGGUGGGGAAGGGAGAGGUAUGAGGGAAAGAGAGUCUGAGAAUUAAAGAUUUUAGUAUAAGCAAUUGGCUGUGAUGCUCAAAUCCAUUGCAUCCUCUUAUUGAAUUUGCCAGUUUGUAAUUCUUGCAUAAUAAAGAACCAAAGGUAUAAUGUUUUGUUGAGAGGUGGUUUAGGGAUUUUGGCCCUAACCAAUACAUUGAAUGUAUGAUGACUAUUUGGGAGGACACAUUUAUGUACCCAGAGGCCCCCACUAAUAACUGGUACUAUGGUUACUUCCUUGUGUACAUUUCUCUUAAAAGUGAUAUUAUAUCUGUUUGUAUGAGAAACCCAGUAACCAAUAAAAUGACCGCAUAUUCCUGACUAAACAUAGUAAGGAAAAUGCAUACUUUGUUUUUACUUUUCCGUUUCAUUCUAAAGGUAGUUAAGAUGAAAUUUAUAUGAAAGCAUUUUUAUCACAAAAUAAAAAAGGUUUGCCAAGCUCA